CGCCUCUUUCCAUUCCUUUCACAACAGCGAGAAAAAUGCGGCGAUAUUAAGCGGAAAAAAACACGACUCGCUCAAAAACUUGAAAAAUGGCUUUAUAGCGGCGAGCGCAACGGCAGAACUAACAGCGGCACAAACAACAGUGCAGCGCAUUUUAUUUGGCAAACAUGGCGUCCCUCGUGACAUUCCCCAGCAGCGCUGCAGUCGACAGCAAACUCUCCCGCCAGCUCGACAACUCCUCGUUUUCUCUCUCUCCGCGAGAUUCCUCUCGGAUAACGACAUCACCAGACUCCUUCCACAGCCGCACGUUGCACGAUGACCUCGUCCGCCGUGACCUCCGACCUCUUGGACUCCCUGCUCUGGGGGUCCCCUUCGUUUCUGACGGCUGAGCCCGAGGGGGGGGGCGCGGGGGGGCUCUUACUCUCCGGCAGCGGUGAUGAUGAUGAUGAGAUGUUUCAGUCACAUCUGAAGGAGUUUGGGUCCCCCUCUUCCUCCCCCCUGUCUCCCUCCUCUUUCUUCUCCUCCUCUUCCUCCUCCCCCUCCUCUUCCUCUCUGUUGCAAUGCCCCCUGGGUAAGGCCGUGGAGCCGCUUGAUUGGCUGUUGGAUCCCAUGGCAGGCGACUGCACUGAGGAUGCUUUCUCAGGCAUGGACUGGAUGGUGCAGAAGAUGGACCUGAGUGAGCUGGACCUGGACUCCCUGAUGGACCCCUGCGAUUCGGGGGCCCUCCCCAGCCCCCCCGAGGAUCUGCUCUCCUCCCUGGGGGGGAGCUGCGACCUGGACCUGGAGCUGGGGGGUUACCUGGCUUCCUUAACAGCAGAGCCCCACAGCGAUCCGUCCUUCAUACCAGAACCCCCGGCCGAACCGGAACCGCCGGUCGCCGUGGAGACCCUUCAGGAAGCCGUUACCCCGGGAGCGGGAUUCGUCUCGGAGCCCCUGUCCUCCUCCUCCUCCUCGACCCCAGCCCUAGAAGGACAAGUAGAAGGUCAUCAGUCUUUCUCUCUGGAGCUGGGCAGCGAAGUCGACAUCGACGAGGCCCAGGAGACGCGGACGGAGCCUGUGCUCCUGCUGUGGAAACAAGAGGCACAGACCCCAGAGACACAGCUACAAACGCAAGAGACGGAGCCCGUGCUCCUGCUGUGGAAACAAGAGGCACAGACCCCAGAGACACAGCUACAAACGCAAGAGACGGAGCCCGUGCUCCUGCUGUGGAAACAAGAGGCACAGACCCCAGAGACACAGCUACAAACGCAAGAGACGGAGCCCGUGCUCCUGCUGUGGAAAGAAGAGGCACAGACAAUGGAGAUCGAAGGGUACUGCUCGUCUGACACAGACAGCAGCCGCGGCUCCCCUGAACGCAGCCCCUCCCCCUCCUCCUCCUCUUCCUCAGAGCCCCGAAAAGCCCUGUCAGAAGCCGCUGAUCAUCCCUCUUUCUCUCAGGAGCUGGGCUGUGAAAUUGACAUCGACUCGGCCCAGGAGGCCCUGUCGGAGCCCGGGCUUCUGCCUUGGAAACGGGAGACCCAGGCGACGGAGAUCGAGGGGUACUGCUCGUCCGACACGGACAGCGGUCUGGGCUCCAGCUGUGGCUCCCCUGAACGCAGCCCCCCUUCCUCCUCCUCCUCCUCCUCCUCCUCCUCGGAGCCCCGCAGAGCAGCAGUCAAGCCUUACUCCCGCCCGACCCGAGAGGAGCAGGAGGUCUGCGUCUCCCUCUCCGGUCACGUCAAGUCCACCGACAAGAGGAAGAUGAAGAAGAUGGAGCAGAACAAGACGGCAGCCACCAGGUACCGGCAGAAGAAACGUUCUGAGCUGGACCGCCUGCGGGGGGAGCGGGAGGCGCUGGAGGAGAAGAACCGGGCGCUGGGAGAGAGGGCAGAGGCCAUCGCCACGGAGAUCCGCUACUUGACGGAGCUCAUGAGGGAAGUGAGGGAAGCCCGGGGCAGGAGACUCCAGCAAGGCAAAGGCUCAGAGUGAGGCUGGAAUAGGAGUAGCAGAAAUCACGGUAGCAGAAAUAGGAGUUUUCUUUUUUUGACACAUUAGACAGACAGACGUUUCCUCUAUCCCUAGCUUUUCAUGCAGUCUCGGUAGGCUGGUGUGUGUGUUUCACAGCUGGUGCAGAAAGCAGAAGUCUCUGUGUCUUUCUUUCUUUCUUUCUUUCUUUCUUUCUUUCUUUCUUUCUUUCUUUCUUUCUUUCUUUCUUUCUUUCUUUCUUUCUCUCUCGACCAGCCUGAUUUUUUUAAUUUAUUUUUUUUGUUACACAGAAACUAUUCAAGCACUCUAUCGCUGAAUUCAGAAAUACCAGAAGUUGAUUAACGGAUUCUGUCACAAAACCUUUUGAGUCGAUUCUCAUGUUCAUCUUUCACAUUUCGUUCGUCGACUUGUGUGUAUAUGUAUAUUUUGUGGUUAAUAAAAAAUUCUUAUCCUCAAUUCAAA